UUGUGUUAUCUACAUCAUUUCUCAUCAUUCUCCAAAUCCUUGUCAAUUCUCCAAAUCCUUAGCCAUGAAGAUUAAUAGAACUAAAGAUUUCACUCUUAUCCCUAGGUUAGUUCUUUUAUCUUUCUUUCAUCUUUCUUUGGUUUGUUAUCGCAAAAGUGUGAAUGGCUUCACUGUCGAUCUUAUCCACCGCGAUUCUCCUCUUUCACCUUUUUACAACCCAUCAAGCACUCCAUCUGAACGCCUUCAAAAUGCCUUCCACCGGUCAUUCUCCCGGGCUUCCUUCUUUAAUAAAAAUCUUGUUAAUGCAAUCCAAUCGUCAGUUACUCCAACUGAAGGUGAAUUCCUCAUGAAAAUCUCAAUUGGAACUCCCCCAGUAGACACUUUUGUCACUCUUGACACUGGCAGUGACUUAACGUGGAUACAAUGUGAGCCUUGUGUCCAUUGCUUUGCACAAUUGGGCACACCUAUUUUUGAUCCCAAAAAAAGCUCUACUUAUUUUCAAGUUGAUUGCGAAAAUUUAUAUUGUCAAGACUUGCUUCCUAUCACAUGUAUUGAUGAUAUGUGUCACUAUAAUGCUACUUAUAGUGACAAUACACAUAGCAUAGGUGAACUUGGUAUUGAAACUUUGACAUUUACUUCAACUUCUGGUGAAAAUGUCCCAAUUCUUUACACCUUCUUUGGUUGUGGACAUGACAAUGGUGAUCAAUUCCCAGUGGGCACUUCUGGCAUCAUUGGCUUAGGUCGUGGCGAUAUCUCAAUUGUCAAUCAAAUGAAUGAUGAAAUCAAAGGGAAAUUCUCAUAUUGUUUGGCAUCAUCAAUACCAGCUCAUGUCAACGUAACUAGUCGCAUCAGCUUUGGUGAUAGUGCUGUUGUUUCAGGCCCUGGAGUCGUUUCAACUCCCUUGAUAAGAAGGGAAAGCCUAAAAAGCUUCUAUUUCCUAACUUUGGAAAGUAUUAGCGUUGGAGAUAAGAAUUUGCCGUUCAUAUCUUCUACAAUUAGUUCCAAUGAUCAAGGUAAUAUUUUCAUCGAUUCAGGUAAUACACUCACACAUGUCCCUUCUGAUUUUUAUGCUAGUUUGGAGGAAGCUCUGGUGGCUUCGAUUAGUGCUCCUAGGAUAGAUGAUCCGACGUCUGGGCAUUUUAAGGUAUGUUAUGCGUCUGACUUAGGCACUAUCAAUGCUCCUAAGAUUGUCGCACAUUUUACAAAUGCGGAUGUAGAGUUGUCACCAGCGAAUGUAUUUAAGCCAAUGGAUACAAGUGUGAUUUGCUUCGCAAUGGUGCCAACAGAUGGAAUUCCUAUUUAUGGGAACUUGGCACAGAUGGAUUUCUUAAUUGGAUAUGAUCUUGUCGCCAACCAACUUUCAUUCUUGCGUACUGAUGACUGCUCUAAGCUUUAAUGAUUUUAGUUAUGGAUUGGGGGUGGGGUGUACAAGUUAUAUAAUCCUGUAUUCCCCCAUUGUUUGCUGGUGUUUAAUGAGAAUAGCAAUAUUUUAA